UUAUGCCUCAAGGGUUACGACUUUCCAGUUUUGGAGCGUUACGAAAAGUAUGCAAGGUUUGCUCUUGGGAAGUGGUCGAAAAACGUUACCUCCUUUCCGCUUCCUCCUAAGAAGACGAUGUAUAAGACGUACCAUCCUAGUUCAACCAAAGCUAAAGCUGAAUUCGAAUUGAGCAAGUAUUGCCGUAUUGUUAGGAAUCUUCCAGAGGGUAUUGAGAUGGUUCUGCAAGAGAAUGACCCUCAGCUGGAGGAAUCGCGUUAUGUUGCGAAUCUCGAAAUGGAAACUCUCCAAAGCGAGCUGGAAAAAUUGACCAAAUAG